AUGAGCUCCUUACUUACCCUCGUAUUUGUCUAUUUGCUUGGUGGACUCACAUUUAUUCCCCUUGUCAUCUGCGCCGGUCUCUACGUUGUUCUGUAUAUCACACCACCAAUUGGAGACCCCGACCCCGCAAAACGAAUCAAAAAUGAACUACAAGCAUCAUCCAGCGAUUCAUCCGUCGAAGAGAAACCCCCCGCGGAAGUUUCAUCUCCAGAUCUUCCGCCACCCCGACUAAAACCAUUACAAGGAUGGAUUGUUGCUCGACGAACAUUUGAAGAAUCGCCCUCGGAUGCCACUUACAUGGGAAUGAUGCGGUCAUUCCUUGAUUCUCGCUCCAAAGAUCGACGGCCACGCGACACAUACUAUGCUGUUCUCAAAGGCACUGUACUUUAUCUCUACGAAGAUGAAGCCAUGGCCGAAUGUUCUGCUGCCCUGGAUGCGGGUGCCUACACAGUAGAAAUCUGGCCACAUGAUGGUUUACUUGAUGGAGAGCUCUUUGCGAAGCGCAACUGCAUUCGGUUUAGCACCAAGUCUUCCAGCCCCGGGAAUAGUCCGAACUAUAUGGCCAGUGUCUCCAAGAAUAUGAAGCUCGCAGACGAGAAUGAGGCCACGGAAGAUGAAAUGGGUGAGACAAGAGACAAGACCGACUCUAAUUUGGUGGACGAACGUUCAAAGAAGCGUCGUGCAGCAUUCGACUUAUCUCAACCAUGGCACCUAUUUAUCAAGAAUAAUUCAGACAUGGAGGAUUGGUACUUUGCUCUCGUCCAAGCCUCCUCCCCUGUUCCAGUUGGUGCCACGGAUCCAUCUAGCCCACUCGGUUCCGUAUUUAGUAGUUCAGAUAUGGCUCACCUCGUAGCUACACUGGACGCACAACCCGAUGCUAUACCCACGAGGUGGCUGAACGCUUUGCUUGGACGCCUCUUCUUCUCCGUCUAUCGUACUGCCAAGGUCGAGGCUUAUAUCCUAGGCCGGCUGGCAAGCAAACUCGCAAAGGUAAAGCGACCGGGGUUCCUCACAGCGCUAAGUGUGCGCGAAGUCAGUGUUGGUUCUCGUCCUCCCACGAUCGCCACCCCAAUGCUUAAGGAGCUCACGCGCUGGGGAGACGCUGCAUUGGAAUUGAAAUUCUUGUUCGAUGGCGAAUUGAGAUUGACUAUCGCUGCUACGGCCGAAGUGAGCCUUGGGGCAAGGUUUCGCCCAUAUGUUGUGCAACUGGUACUGGCGGUUGUGGUUCGGAAGAUUGAAGGCAAUGUGCUUGUAAAAGUCAAGCGCCCUCCGUCCAACAGAAUCUGGUAUGGAUUUACCUCGAUGCCUAAGUUGGAGAUCGAUGUUCUUCCAGUCGUGAGCGACCGAGAGAUCAAAUGGGGCGUUGUUCUCAAGCCAAUAGAGACACAGCUAAAAGAGAUAGUAAGUUUAGUGAUUAAUCUAUCAAGCGUCCUGAAGUUAUACGCACCACUCCACUUCUAUUCUCAUCAACUUUAUUCACGCACUUGCUUUCCUCAGAUUCGAGAAUCAAUCGUCAUGCCUAACAUGGACGAUAUACCCUUCUUUGAGUCCAGCGGCUACCACCAUCGGGGCGGGAUCUGGCCUGAUGCUGCACGUCGACAAUAUAACCCUGAGAAAGACGAUCCUUCAACCACACCGAACCCAGCUGUGGACAUGUCGACACCUCUUGAAGCGUCUGAUAAAAGCUCUGCUUCUGCACCUCCGUCUGUCAUGGGUCUUGCUACCGAUGCAUCUCGCCCACGGUCAAGCACCGAGCUUCCAGCUGUAUCCGAAUCUACACCUAAUUUACCUCUUUCCCCCAAAUCCAAACCCUCGAUGACUGUCGAUGAACCGAACACAGCUAACCCUGAAGGUCUGGUGCCAACCUCCGACAGCGCGCGAAGUCGAUCUCCAUCUCCUGUCGGAAUCAAGGUCAAUUCGGUCGAGGAACAAAUGCCGAGAAAGGAGAUGGAAAAAGACAAGCCCAAAGCGGUACCGUUGCCAGCAGUUGUCACGUCGUCGAAACGGUCGUCCUGGUUCUCUCGCACACCUGUGUCUCUGUCUUCUAGCUCUAGUCCGGUCGAUGGCCCUCGCGGGCGCACUAUUGAUUUACAAUCCGGGGCGACUUCAGCCAAGGCCACUACAACCGGCGUUCGUGAACACUCUACCCCUCGUUCGCCUGUAUUACUCGAGGUCGGGGAAGGUAGUGAGAUGGCGCGCGCUUCGAGCAGUCCCCCUCGCAUCAAUAUGUCUGAAACCAACAACAGCGGGCCUAGUCCGACAGUGGUUUCGUCAGGCACCAGCGGACAUGCUGAAGCGCCUACUCAGGAUACGUUUCCCGAUGACCAGACCGACGUCCCGAAUGACCCAACGCCUACAGGAAAUAAUACUACAUUCCGUCCCCCUACGCCUAUGUUGACCAUUAAUGGCACUCGUCGCGCCACAGUUUCUCACCAAACCAGUAAAUCUGCAUCGGGAAAUUUCUAUAGCGGCGGUUCCGUGUCCAGUUCAUCCCUCCCACAAGCAGAAUCCUCGACCACUGCGGUAUCUUCCGAUAGCGAGCUUGUCAAGGGACCCAUUUCUGGUACUCCGCCAGACACAUCGAUCUCCUCCAACGUUUCCAGUCUCAACACUCCCAAUGAUGUACCUCAAGUGGAUUCGAGGGAUAACCAUGAACUUACUCGUACCUUAUCCAAUAGCAGCAGCAAUUCGCUCUCUGCAAAUACGUCGGUAACAUCAUCCACAGCUCCUACUUCAACGGACAUCUCUAUUUCUCAAGAUCCAACCAACUCUGGGGCUAAUUCUUUCCUGUCUGCAUGGAAAUCGCGAACGGCGGAUAAACAGGCGAUAAACAAUGCAGCGAAGGAAGCGAUGAAGAAAUGGACGGUCGGUUGGAAUAGCCUAAAGCGAGGGGUUGAAGAAGAAAGGGAGCGCAGGCGUAGUACAAAUAAUACUGGUGCUGCGAAUAGUACCCAAGGCGAUACUAGUGGCGUUGAUGAUGAAGGAAGCGGUAGUGAUGCAGGUAUGGGUGGAGUGGGAUCAGCAAACAAAGCGGCAGGGAAGAAGACUUAUGCGGAGCUCCGAGCAGGCAAUCUAUCCUCAUCCCCAAAACCACGACCUACCAGCCUUUCAGUUGUCCCCUCCGCCCCUCGAACCACGACGGAGGUUCAAAUUCAUUCACCAGAUUUAUUCGAUUCAUCAAAGCCGAUAAUCGAGCAGCCAAAGCCAAUCGGCACACAACCUGGAAGAGCCGCUACAAUGACGAUCCCUGGCAUUCACGCCAGCCACCAGGGAGAGGUCAUGUCACUAGGGUCCGCACCGGCUCCAAUCGACACUUCCAACAAGGAUAAGGACAAGGCACAAGACAAACUAAUGGACCGAGAGAAGAGCCUAUCACCAACCGGGCGACCAUCUUCGAUUCAGAAUGUCUAUCGAUUGUUUGGCCAGCGCACAAUUAGCACCAAUAGUAACGAUGCCCCGAACCUAACUGGAAGCAACGAAAUCCUGAAGCAACCCAAAGCAGCAGCAUCGUCAGCAUCAAUCGACACAAUCUCCGUUACACCAACUGACGACGAGCCCCCUGCCGAAAUCACAUUUUCGCCAUCUACUCCUAGAUCUAGCACACCUGCACCUUUGUUUCCCUCUCGUUCGGUUCCCAAUGGUUUGCCUACUCCCAAAUCACCACCCGCGGCUCUCCCUCCAAGUAAAGACUCUGCGACAAUGUCUGCGGCGUCCGAGGCCCUGAAGAAGCUGGCGGCAGACGAUGCAGCCCGAACCUCUCGACCACACUCCCCACACGUAGCCAAUACUGCCUCAGCCGAAAACGAGGAUACAUCAGGAGCUUCUACCCCCAGUGACCCCCACAGAGCUACUUCCCCACCGCCGUUCCCUCCACGGGCACCAGUGACAGCGAGUUGA